AUGCUAUCCAGAGCGACACGUACUGCGGCUGCUAAAUCCUUUACUAAAUCUGGAGUGGCAAGAGAUGUAUUAUCAGCUGUCUACAUCAAAAGACAUGCUUCCACAGGUUUAUUUAAACAAGCAGGCAAAGCACAGUCAUUGGGUACAAUAUAUGUAUCUGGUGCAAGGUCCAAGUUCGUCAGAAGUUCUCCCUGCAUAACUGCCAACCGUUUCAAAUCCACCUCUAUUGAGGUUCCUCCUAUGGCAGAAUCUUUGACAGAGGGUUCUUUAAAGGAAUAUACAAAAAGUGUUGGUGAUUUCAUCAAGGAAGAUGAACUGUUGGCCACCAUUGAGACCGAUAAAAUCGAUAUCGAAGUCAAUUCGCCAGUAUCGGGUACCAUUACAAAGCUAAAUUUUAAGCCGGAAGACACCGUUACAGUAGGUGAAGAAUUGGCUCAGGUUGAGCCCGGCGAAGCUUCUGCUGAAGGGUCUGCUGUGCCUAAAACGGAAUCAAAGGAACAGACAGAACCAGUGCAAGAAGCUGCACCAAAGGAAACUCCAAAGCAGGAGACGGCUCCAAAGAAGGAGGCAGCUCCAAAGAAGGAGGCGAGCGAACCAAAAAAAACUCCUGAACAAAAGAAGACUACUCCCAAGGCGAACGUGGCUUCAGCAGCUUCCAAUUCUUUUACACCAUUUCCACGUGCAGAGACUAAAGUUAAAAUGAACCGUAUGAGAUUGAGGAUUGCCGAGAGACUGAAGGAGUCCCAAAAUACCGCUGCUUCUUUAACUACAUUUAAUGAGGUUGACAUGUCAGCUUUGAUGGAAAUGAGGAAGUUAUACAAAGACGAAAUUAUCAAGAAGACAGGCACUAAAUUCGGAUUCAUGGGUCUUUUCUCGAAAGCCUGUACACUGGCUGCUAAGGAUAUUCCGGCCGUCAACGGUGCCAUUGAAGGUGAUCAGAUCGUUUAUCGUGAUUACACAGAUAUUUCUGUUGCUGUGGCCACUCCAAAGGGUUUAGUUACCCCAGUUGUUCGUAAUGCAGAAUCGCUAAGUGUUUUGGGCAUUGAGGACGAAAUUGUCCGUUUGAGUCACAAAGCUCGUGACGGUAAACUAACUUUGGAAGAUAUGACCGGUGGUACUUUCACCAUUUCCAAUGGUGGCGUUUUCGGUUCCUUAUAUGGUACUCCUAUCAUCAAUUCACCCCAAACUGCUGUCUUGGGUUUGCAUGGUGUCAAGGAAAGACCAGUCACCGUUAAUGGACAAAUUGUUUCCAGACCAAUGAUGUACUUGGCUUUGACAUAUGAUCAUAGAUUGCUAGAUGGUAGAGAAGCUGUUACCUUCUUAAAGACUGUUAAAGAGUUGAUUGAAGAUCCUAGAAAGAUGUUGUUAUGGUAA